AUGACCCAUGUUGCUGACAGUCGGAAGAUAUCUGCCUUCAUGAGCAUCAAGAAUGGGGGGAAAUUCUUGGUGUAUCCCUCGGGCUCAACCCCUAUGCGCGAGUGGGCUUCACCCGACACUUUUGCAGCCUUGCUCCCAGACCUCUUUCCUUAUGGCUGUGGCGUGUUUGAGGAUCCCCUCCGCCCAAAGAAGGAUCGACGGUUUGCUAUGCACACCACCUUCCCCUUCAUCUGUCUCAACAUCAUCCAGCGACGCCAGUCGUCUUACCAGGCGUCACUGCAGACGCCUCUGUCCACCUUUGACCAUCUCGCUCCUCUUCUCGAGGCAGUAACGGUGGACACUCUUGCGUCCAUCCAGGCGAAGCUCGCUAAGCUGAAGCCAGGUGUUCGUUUCAACCCAGAGACUGAGGCAGAGAAGGGUGCGACAGCGCUCUUGCGCAAGGUGACUCUAAUGUCGUCUUCCAUGUUUGGGUCUGUUGGCUCACAUCGGAACAUGAGGGAAGAGCUCCGUGCCCUCCUGCGGGAUUCUGGCAUGCCUAGCUUGUUUGUGACUCUCAACCCGGCGGACUCGAAGAAUUUUGUGGUCAGUGUGAUGGCGGGGCGAGAUGUUGAUCUGGAUGAGAGGCUUGGCUUGGGUGAUGAAGUGAAGGAGGAGGUUUCUCAGAGGUUCUCGGCGGCGUCGACGUAUCACGGUGCUUGUGCAGAAGGUUUCCACUUCAUGGUGGAGAAGUUUAUUGACGUCUUCCUCGCAUACGGCUCCCCCGAGGGUGGCAUCUUUGGCAAAUGCCUCAACCACUACGGCGUCGUCGAAGCUCAGGGAAGGGGAGCUCUUCACAUCCACAUGCUUAUCUGGCUGGAGCACGCCCCUUCGCCGCUAGAGCUCAGAAAGCAUGCGAAGGAAGACCCUGAGUGGGCCGCUGAAGUUGGGCGAUAUCCUCCUUGUGACGAUGACGCCCUUGCCUUUCGCCAACGUGGUGAACAUUGGUCCCUUCCUCUUCUGCAGCCGCCACCUCACCUCCCACCUGAUAUGUCUGAAGAAGACUGGCAGAGGGUACGGCAGGAUGUGUUGGAGGUCUUGGAGUGCGGUCAACUGCAUGACCACUCCUUUACUUGCUUCAAGCACCUGCCUAAACUGCGUCGGGCUCAGAAGGAGGAGGUUUUGCAGACGCACUUCAAUGACGACGGCACCAUCGAUAUCAAGCGCACACAUCCAAAGCUAAACAUGUACAACCUCAUCCUGGUAGCAGCGUUUUGCUGUAACAUGGACAUCAAGUUUGUUGGCUCGGGGAUGAUGGGGAUGGCUGCUGUGUACUACAUCAGCAACUACAUCUCCAAAGUCGCCCUCGACACCCCAACAAUGUUCGCAGCGAUUGAGGCCAGGUUCAGGCGAUUACAGCGAAACGCUGUAUCAUGA